GAACCCCAGCAGGCAGGUAUGUCCAGCGGACACUUGAGAGGCGACGCAUGCUCCCCCGUCUGUCUAGUGGUCAACAUGGCGUCGAGCAAGAAGGGCGGCGGGGGCCGGCUGGAGAAGGGGGUGAAUGGAAGACGCUCGUCCAAACACAGGGAGGGUCCAGUGGAGAGGAGACAGACACGGACAGAGACUUGAACUCAGAAGCUGUGAUGGACACCAAGGCAGUGUUCGUGGCCCUGUACAGCGUGUGCGAAGAAAAUGCCACUUUCUUCUCGGGAGGAGCCAAGGGAGCGCAGGGCGAUGCGGCGCGGCGGCUGGUGGAUACGAUGAACUUGAUCCAGGAGCACGCUCGCAGUCUGGAGCCGGUCAUCUCUGGCUUCGCUUUAGUUUACCAUCAUUUUGACUUUGACCCACACAUACCUGCUAACGGCUAUCGUUCGCUGGUCAAGGUGGUGCGUUGCUGCAUCCUCCACAUCAUCCACAAGGGGCGCUACAUCUCAGCCAAUCGCCGCAGCAUCUUUUUCCGAGUAGCGCACAAUGCAGGAGAGAUGGAGGCGUACUGCAGCGCCCUAUGUCAGCUGCGUGCCCUGCUCUACUUGGCUCAGCGCAUGCUACAUGACAACAGCUUUGGCAACCUGUUUUUCCAGGAUGAAAGUGGCCUCAGCGAGAGCUUUGUCCGCGAGUACGCCUCUAUGCACAAGGGCUGCUUCUAUGGCCGAUGUCUGGGCUUUCAGUUUACUCCAUCCAUCCGACCCUGUCUCCAGACCAUUGCUAUCGGCCUUGUGGCCUUUGGAGAGAACUACAAGCGCCAUCAGUCAGGAAUAGGGGUGGCAGCCAGCUCACUCUUUACCUCAGGGAAGUACGCCAUUGACCCCGAGUUGAGAGGGGCAGAAUUUGAACGCAUCACCCAGAACCUGGACGUCCACUUUUGGAAGAGCUUCUGGAACAUUACUGAGACUGAACUCCCAUCGAGUUUGGCCAGUAUGACAUCCACUCAAGUUAAGGUGAACCGGCCGCUCUCUGUGCCCCCUCUGCCCUUUGACCUUCCCUUGGCGGCCAACCCCAGUGCAUCUGUAACUAUUUCUCCACCGUCUGCGCACAUUGGCACUGCUCCGGUUCAGAUGAGGCUCAUCUCUUAUGACCUGCGUGAAGGACAGGACAGUGAAGCCCUGCUAGCUCUCUCACGCUCUGAGGGAGGCUCCAUCUCUCUGUCGCUGGGGUUGAAGGCAAAGCGACUCCCCCCUUCUCCUUGCUUGCUAAUCCACUUCCAUGGGGGAGGCUUUGUGGCCCAGACAUCCAAGUCCCAUGAGCCCUAUCUGAAGAGUUGGUCCCAGGACCUUGGUGUACCCAUCUUGUCAAUUGACUACUCCCUGGCCCCUGAGGCCCCCUUCCCGAGGGCCUUGGAGGAAUGCUUCUAUUCCUACUGCUGGGCUCUGAAAAACCACCACCUACUGGGAUGGACUGGAGAGAAAGUGUGUCUGGCUGGGGAUAGUGCAGGAGGCAAUUUGUGUCUGACUAUGUCGAUGCGAGCGGCUGCCUUUGGUGUUCGAAUGCCAGAUGGCAUCAUGGCAGCCUACCCAGCUACCCUGCUGACUGCCUACGCAUCUCCCUCCCGUCUGCUUUCACUGAUGGAUCCCCUGCUUCCGCUCAGUGUGCUCUCCAGGUGUCUCAGUGCCUACGCAGGCGACGAGCCAGAGACUGAGAAGCAGGUAGAGAAAGUGAGCACACUGAGCCUGGUGAGGAGGGACACGGCACUGAUGCUGCGAGAUUUCCGACAGGGGGCCUCCAACUGGAUCCACUCUCUGCUGGAUCACAACAGAGCCCCAGCUCCUCCCAGCACAGUUGCAGAGGCGCCACCAGGAGCCACUGAUGCAGUGAGGAAGAGCAUUUCAGAGGCGUCCAUCUCUUCCCCUCACGCCGACCCCCCUGUGGCCUCCGGACCCUCAGAGAUCCUCACCAGGAAAUUAUCUGUGAAGAGCCAGACAUGCCAGGACUUGGGAUCUCACAGCAGCUCCACUUUGCACAGCGCACCACUGCUGUCUGAGCGCAAGCCAGAAGAGGUGAAUUUCUUCCUCUGCAAGGAUCUGGAUCCCUCCAUGUCCACUGACCUGUCUUCAGUGGCCAUACCACCACCUGCUGGAGAUGAGGGAUCAGAGCUGGGGUACCCCAGGGAGUUCCCCCUGGGGUUCGAACCUCUGCGUUCAGAGCAGCUGGCUGAGAUGAAGUUGAAUAGUUCUCCGGUGGUCAAGGAUCCUUACUGCUCACCUCUUCUGGCCCCUGAUAGCAUGUUGACAGGCCUGCCACCUGUACAUAUCGUGGCGUGUGCAUUAGACCCCAUGCUGGAUGACUCUGUGAUGUUUGCCAAGCGUUUGAGGAACCUGGACCGGCCCGUCACUCUAUGUGUGGUGGACGACCUCCCACACGGCUUCCUCAGCCUAUCGCAGCUCUCCAAGGAGACGAGAGAGGCGGCAAACGUCUGUGUGGAGCGUAUCCGCGCCGUCUUCACCCAGAAGGACAACCCCCCCGAGCCUCGCAAGCACCGAAAGCUGGAACGGACUGAUAGGGAUGUGUCGGCCUCUUCUGGGGAAGGCGCCUCUCUCUUCGCUGGCCCCAUCGAGGAGGAGGAGCAGGAUGUCGGGCGUGGGGUCAAAAUUGCUGAUGGGGAGGGCUUAGUUACAGUGGCAGCUCAGAAUGGCACUGAUGCUGGCGGUAUUGGGGCUUGAAUAAGGAUAGAUUUAAAAAAAAAAAAAAACGAGGAGACCAAGGAAGGAAGGAAGAAAGAAAGAAAGAAUAAAUGAAAGUCAGA